AAGCCGGAUAUCUCCGUGGACAAUUCCUUUUUUCCAGAUAACGACAUUGGACGUGGUUCGCAUAAUAUCCUGUGUGUGCGGCAAGCAUUCCAGCAGGCCUAUUCGAUACUCAAUCAGAUUUUCAUUCGAACACGUGACUACUGGCCCGGUUUGUGUCAGCGAUUUCCCGGUUCAACACUAUCACUGAUCAUAAAAAUUCCACCCAGUUUGGUCAGUUAUCGCGAUUGGCUUCGUGGACGUGUCAUAUCGAAUUGUUCAUCGUCACCAUCGCAAUUUGUGCUGGAACGUGCUUUCUUUCAAUCCUAA